AUGGUGGACAAUUGGAUAGAUAACAAUGAAGAUACACAACUUGAUGAUGACGAGGUGUUUGUUGACAACACUCAACAAGAAAUCAAUGAGGAACCAACACAAAAGAGAAAAAGAGUAGGCAAAACAAGGUCCGAUUGUUGGAAAUCAUUUGAGAAGAUUUUUAUUGAUGGAGUUCGGCAUGGAAAGUGCAAAUGGUGCGAGAGGGUUCUCAAAGCCGACAGGAAUAAUAUCGGUACAUCUAGCUUAAAUAAGCAUGCAAAUAAUUGUAAGCAAAACCCCGAGAAUUUGAAAAACCAACAAACAUUACAAUUUAAAAAAGAACCAAACGGGGAGGGUAGUGUUAGCACUUGGAAACAUGACGACAAACGAAUUAAAAAGGCUAUGUUGAAUUUGUUUGUAAUGGGUGGUCUACCUUUUAAAUUUGUAGAAAAUGAGGCCUUUAUUGAAUACACAAACGCACUAAACAGGAAGGUGGUUGUACCUUGUCGAACAACAAUUUCAAAAAAAGUGUCACUUUAUUAUCAAGAAGAAAGAAAUAAGUUGGUAACAUUCUUAUGUAAUCCACUUAACACGGUUCAUUUGACCACCGGUUGUUGGACAAGUCCGAGUAAAAGGGUGCAUUAUAUUGUCAUUACCGCACACUUUAUUGAUGAUAAUUGGGAGAUGCACAAAAGGAUAAUCAACUUUAAAGAAUUAGAUAGUCAACGGGGGGAAGAUAUCGGAAAAGAAGUGUUGAAAUGUAUUCAAGGGUGGGGUAUUAAAAAUGUCAUGACUUGUACGGUUGAUAAUGCAAGUUCUAAUGACAAAGCAAUAGAGUUUCUAAAAAACAAAUUACCAAACUUGUACAAUGAAGGAAAACACUUUCACAUUAGGUGUAUGGCACACAUUAUCAAUCUAAUUGUGAGAGACGGGAUGAAUAAAAAUGACAAGAGUGUUAAAUGUUUGCAAGACGCCGUAAGAUAUAUUAGAAAGUUCACACAACGGAUUGCUUUAUUUAAAAAGUGCAUGAAAGCCGUCGGGGUGGAAUCAACCAAAUUUUUGUGCAACGAUUGUCCCACUCGUUGGAACUCAACUUACGACUUAUUGAAGAUCGCGGUGGAUUUAGAAAAGGCUUUCUACGAGUAUGAAAUGGAAGAUCGUUCCUUUGCACGAGAUGUGGUAACCCCCGUGAGUGAAGAUUUUGUAACUUGUCGAGCAAUGGUCUCCUUUCUUGAGAAGUUCAAGGAUAUGAUAGACAAAUAUGAGAAGUAUUGGGGAGAUUUUGAAAAUUUGAAUGACUACAUGUACUUUGCGACUAUCUUGGAUUUGCGAAUGAAGACAGAAUUUCUUAGACAUGCUUUUGAAACAUUGAUCAAGUACAAGAUGCCGGAAAAUAAACCCCUUUCCGAAUUAGAUAUUACUGCGAAGACUAAGUCUUUAAUCAAGGAUAUUGAAUCGAGAUUUGAGAACUUUUUUAAUUGUUACAAUACCAACUCUAAUGUACCAUUUAAAACCGGUGGUAGUCAAGAUGCUGUGCAUAUUGAUGAUGAUGACGACUUUGUGGAUGACUAUUUUGCUCAAUCGGUGAAUUCAUCGGUUUCAAAGGAAACGGAAUUAACACGAUACUUGAACGAAGGACAAACCCAAGGCGUUAAGGACUUUGAUAUAUUGGUUUGGUGGAAAAAUAACGCAUCUCGUUACCCAAUUCUCUCGCGGAUGGAAAAGGUAUAA